AUGAAGGCAAAGGAGGUUUUUGGUCGCUGUGAGGAAGAUCCUUUACUUCCUAAUGCUGAUAUCGUCAUUGGAGCCGAUACUGUUGUAGUAAAAGAUGAACACGUUCUUGAAAAGCCCAGAGAUAGAAAGCAUGCUUUAUCUAUGCUAGAACAGUUAAGCGGACAAACACAUUAUGUACUCACAGGUGUUCAGAUUAUUUAUAAGACAAAGGAAGGCAAGGUUGAAAGGUGUCAAUUUGUAGAGAAAACAGAUGUAAAAUUUUCUGAACUUGAUGCUGAAACAAUGAAUGCUUACGUUGAUUCAGGAGAACCAUUUGAUAAAGCUGGUGGAUAUGGUAUUCAAGGCGAUGCUUCUAUAUUCGUAGAAUCUAUUCACGGUGAUUAUUGGAAUGUAGUUGGCUUGCCUAAGAAUCACCUUUUUAAAGAAUUAGUAAAAAUAGUCUGUGUUUAA